GAGGCUUCCCACCCCCCAAAUAUCAACCUUGCAGUCGUGCUUUCCGCAUAUCUUAGGCACCGAAAGCUCCAAGUAAUCAGCUCCAUCACUGGGACUCAUUGCCGCGUCGUCAAACUCCACUAUCCACCAAAUUCCAUCACUCAUCUUGACAAUAUUUGGCAACCUCAGGUCCCUGUACAUGAUGUUCCUGCUAUGGAGGCAGACCAGAGCCUGUAGAAUACAAGCGAGGCAGUCAAGUAACUCUUUCCUUGAACGGGGCAUCACACUCUGCCCACGUUGGAAGAGAAUGUGGCGCUUUUCCUGGUUCACGCGUAAAGCCUUCUCAACAAACGGACAUUCGUUGAUCAAAGCGUACAUACCACAUGCCCUCGUUGCCUUGAUGUCAGUCUGGUACGUAUUCACCACUUUGUUGCAGUAGAACUCUUAAGGUUUUCCCACUCCAUCUAGACUCCAUCCUCUUUAUAGGUGGCACACUAGAACUUUGACAGAUUGCUUCUAGCUUGUGGACAAGCUGUGAGACCUUAAAAAAAGCCAUAAAAACUCCCAAACGACCCUCUGCAGUCCUUAUAUCCAACGUUUGUAGAUCCAGCCGGUGUGUCACUCCAUUCUCCUGGUAGAGGACACAGAAAGUAACCACAAACGCUCUGGCAUAGUGCGCAGGGACGUAGGGAAUGGAAUCCCCAUCAUCCUUGUCCACCAGUUCCUCUGCAGGAUUUCCUCUGUUUCUUCCCCUUCUUCCUCGCCCUUCAAUAAGACGUAGCCAUGGCCAAAUGCGAGGACACUGUCUGGCCUCAACGCUCUCCAGAAGCUCUCUGAGCGUAGGUGUAAUGGAAGGUUUCCUCUCUGCCUUGGGCGAGAACGUUGUUGAGGAUGUCGUAGGCAAAACUGCUAAGAAGAGUACUGAAGUCGUUCACGUCCGGCUUAAAUAUCUGGGACCUGUUCAAGGGCAGCCAGUUGUAAACAUUCUCAGCAAGAGGGAGCCUCAAGUGCUCUGGGAAAGGCUGGAAAUAGAAGUCCCGCAAUGCAGUUAGAUCCGGCAGAGCUAUCAGAGAUUCAAGAAUCUCAUCCGGAAUACUACCAGUUAGUACCAAGUAUACGUAAUCCUGCAGUGAAAAGUUAAGGGAUAAUGCAAUAUGAAAGGGGACUCAAAACUCA